UCUUCACCAAACUCGAUCUGAGCCAGGCCUACCAGCAGUGCGUGGUGGAUGAAGACUGCAGAGAUAUCCUGACGAUUAACACUCACCUUGGACCUCUCAGGUAUCGACGCCUGGGCUUCGGUGUCAACUCGGCGGUGGCGUUGUUUCAGCGAGAGAUGGAGAAGUUGUUGAAUGGUAUGCCUGGUGUCUGUGUUUUCCUAGAUGAUGUGCUCAUAACUGGGAAAUCCCAGAACGACUGCUUACAGCGCACAUCUGCGGUGUUGGAGAAGCUGCAAGAUGCCGGACUCCGUGUGUCGGAGAAGAAGUGCAAAUUCUGCGUCGACAGCGUGGAGUACCUGGGACACAGGAUCGACGCUGAGGGCUGUCACCCCACAGAGGCGAAGAGCUUGGAGGAGGAGUUUGCAUUGGACUCCUCCCGGAUUGCUGCGCUGACGUCUCGGGACACUCUGCUGAGUCGGGUGCGGCAGGCCAUAGAGACUGGUGAGUGGCCUGACGAGGAGGACAUCCGCUCAUUCUUCCACAGGAGAGAUGAGCUGUCGGUGAUCCGCGGAGUGCUGCUGUGGGGCAGCCGCGUGGUCGUGCCUGCCAAGGCACAGAAGCACGUUUUACACGAGCUACAUGAAGGACACCCUGGGGUUCGGCCUCCCGGACACCAUCGUCUCGGACAACGGUCCGGCCUUCAUCGGGGAGGAGUUCCAGCGGUUCACGAGGAGGAACGGCAUCCGUCAUGUGAGGACGGCUCCUCACAGGCCGGUGUCCGACAGAGUCUACGCCAGAGGCUUCGGGAGCGGACCGGUUUGGUCGCCCGGAGUGGUCGUCUCUCUCCUCGGUGCAACGAUGGCGGAGGUCCGGCUGGACGAUGGUCGACUGUGGCGCCGUCACUUCGAUCAGCUGCGGUCUGCGGGCGACUCUGCUCCGAAGAAUCGCACGGAGACGGACGUCUGCGACUUCGGACGGCUGCGGGAGAGGCGGGACCUGGCGGGUGGCGAGCCGGACGAGAGUUGGCUGGAGGACGAUCAGCAGGAGGAUCCCGUGGUGAUCUCGGACCGGAGACCGGCGGCUGACGCCGGCCAGCCUGAGCAGAGCUCGGAGAGUCCCGGAGUACAGUCGUCUCCGGCUGCUCGUCCCCCCUCUGGUGCGUGCGUGUGUGCGGGUGAUCAGACUUCGAGUGCGCGCGCGUGUACAGGUGAUCAGAGUCAGACUUUGAGCGAAGGGACUGCCACGGGCGUGACUCGGGAUUCUUUGGUGUCCCGAGGGCUGUCGGGCUCACUAGAGAGAGCGGAAGGUGUUCCGUCGGUCACACUGCGUCGA